UGGGUUGUCAGGGCGACUGAGGGGAAAAGGAGAAGGGGUGCUGGGCCGCGGGCUAACCGAGGUUGCGGACCGCUGGGUGGUUCCGCGGGGCGGUGUCCGGAGAGCUGCGGGGCCAGGGCACCCAGGUUUCACCCACACUCAGGAGGUGCCUGAGCAAGUGGGCCUGCCAGUGAGACCCACGGGCCGGGACCAUGGGCUGCUUCUUCUCCAAGAGGCGGAAGGCUAAGAAGGAGUCGCGGCCCGAGAACGAGGAGGAGCAGCCAAAGCAGUACAGCUGGGACCAGCGCGAGAAGGUUGAUCCAAAAGACUACAUGUUCAGUGGACUGAAGGACGAAACUGUAGGUCGCUUACCUGGGAAAGUGGCAGGACAACAGUUUCUUAUUCAAGACUGUGAGAACUGUAACAUCUAUAUUUUUGAUCACUCAGCUACUAUUACCAUUGAUGACUGUACAAACUGCAUAAUUUUUCUGGGACCAGUGAAAGGCAGUGUGUUUUUCCGGAAUUGCAGAGAUUGCAAAUGCAUAUUAGCCUGCCAACAAUUUCGUGUGCGGGAUUGUAGAAAGCUGGAAGUCUUUUUGUGCUGUGCCACUCAACCAAUUAUUGAGUCUUCCACAAAUAUCAAAUUUGGCUGUUUUCAAUGGUACUACCCUGAAUUAGCUUUCCAGUUCAAAGAUGCAGGGCUCAGUAUCUUCAAUAAUACAUGGAGCAACAUUCAUGACUUUACACCUGUGUCAGGAGAGCUCAACUGGAGCCUUCUUCCAGAAGAUGCUGUGGUUCAGGACUAUGUUCCUGUACCUACUACUGAAGAGCUCAAAGCUGUCCGUGUUUCCACAGAAGCCAAUAGAAGCAUCGUUCCAAUAUCCCGGGGUCAGAGACAGAAGAGCAGUGAUGAAUCAUGCUUGGUGGUAUUAUUUGCUGGUGAUUAUACUAUCGCAAAUGCCAGGAAACUAAUUGACGAGAUGGUUGGUAAAGGCUUUUUUCUAGUUCAGACAAAGGAAGUGUCCAUGAAAGCUGAGGAUGCUCAAAGAGUUUUUCGGGAAAAAGCACCUGACUUCCUUCCUCUUCUGAACAAAGGUCCUGUUAUUGCCUUGGAGUUUAAUGGAGAUGGUGCUGUAGAAGAAUGUCAACUUAUUGUAAAUGAGACAUUCAAUGGGACCAAGAUGUUUGUAUCAGAAAGCAAGGAGACAGCAUCUGGAGAUGUAGACAACUUCUACAACUUUGCUGAUAUACAGAUGGGAAUAUGAAAUACAGCGUGCAACCAAGGACUUGGUAUUAAGCCCUUUCCAACUUGUCUAUUUAGAGUUUGACAAUAUAAUACUUUUGUAUAUCAGCAAUGGUUUUUAUGAAUGUUAAAUUGUUAAAAGUUUAUUUUUUAAUAAACUUG